UAAAUCAUUUAUAGUUUUAUAUAUUUAUAAUCUUAUGGUAUAAAGUUAGUCUAGAUUAGUUCGUAAUCUAUAGAAAGAAGGAACUAGUCAGCAGAUUAAGGCGGUUUAAUCAGAUUGACAGGCUGAUGGCGUCCCAUGAUGACAUCAGAGAAGCUGUUUAACCGAGAAAAUGGAAAAAAAAUCAAAAUGUCUCAGAAAAGUCAUUAAAAGAUGUUUUAAAUCAUUUAAGCAUUCUUUAGUAAAUUUACGGACAGAAAUAAUUAAAUUUAGAACCAUGAUGACAUCAUUAAUGGCAACCUGUUUGAUGAUGAGCUGAUGGGACGGAUCAGCUGGGGACAGUGUCUCUGUGUCCUUCAGGGGGACAGAUGUCUGGUUCCCUCCUCUCAGACAAAGGAGACGGACACAUGGGUCAAUGAUCCAAUCAGGCAUUACUGGUGCUCCCUCCCACUGACCCACUGGGAGAGGCCCAGUACUUACUGGGAGGGGAUAACCUGCUUCAAUAAUCCCGAGCUCAGACAGCAUCAUCUUCAUCAGCUGUUUUCAUGCUUUUAAUCCCAGAAGCCAGUUUGUCUUCAGAAUAACAAAGAUGACAUCAAAGAAGCAGAAUAAAUACUCUGAUCAGAUCUGUUCUAGAUGCUGACAUGUUUCUAUGUCUGUCCCUCCGACCGAUCGACGUCUGCCCCGCAGGCCGAGGCCCGGCUGGCGGCGAAGCGCGCGGCGAGAGCCGAGGCCCGGGAGAUCCGGAUGAAGGAGCUGGAGCGGCAGCAGAAGGAGCUGUUCCACAGCACCAAGAAGUAUUAUGGUCUGGAUAAUAAGUGGGGUCACAUCGAGCAGUGGAUGGAGGACAGUGAGCGCUACUCGCGCCUUUCACGGAGACACGCCUCGGUCUCUGAUGAUGAGGAGAGGAUGUCUGUGGGCAGCCGAGGCAGCUACAGGGUGGAGGAGAGGGCGGACCGAGAGUUCAUGGAAAAGGGCUCCAGGACGGCGUCAACUUUGUCCGCCGCCACGCUGGCUUCGCUGGGCGGAGCCUCAUCGCGUAGAGGAAGCUGUGACACGUCGUUCUCCGUGGAAACAGAGGCCUCAAUCAGAGAAAUGAAGGACUCUCUGUUGGAGGCGGAGGAGAAGUACCGCAGAGCCAUGAUCUCCAACGCUCAGCUUCACAACGACAAAACCACUCUGAUGUUCCAGGUGGAGAACCUGAGAGAGGAGCUCAGCGACAUGGAGGAGCUGCUGUGGGAGGCCCGGCGCCGCUGGGAGGAGUCCAGCAAGGAGUUGGAGCGCGAGCGUCAGGCUAACAGCGUCCUGAAGGGCCAGUUCAAGGAGAUGGAGGACAGGCUAAGACAGACCAACGAGACGCUGACGGAGGUCUCUGAUCUGCGUCUAAAGAGCAGCAGCUACUGCCAGGAGGUCUCUGACCUUCAGGAAGCUCUGCAGUGGAAGGAGAAGAAGAUAGCGGCCUUAGAGCGCCACCGAGAAACCUCCGACAUCGUUCGAAUUGAACGCGACCGGCUCAGAGAUGAGGUGGUCCGGCUGCGAGACUCGCUGAAGAACCAUGGAGUGGUUUUCUCUCCCGACACGUCGAACGGCGACGUGGAGCUGGCCGACGAUGACUCCGCCUCCCCCCUAGCCGAGGACCCGCCUCACAGUGGCAGAGAGAGCGUGCUGGGAAAAGCUUCAGAGCAACAACCAGCAGAGGACAGCAAACCCCAAAGAGACCGGAAAGACGCCAAGCGGCAGCAGAGUCUGGACAUGAACUCUACGAGCGACCAAAGCAGGGUGUCCAGAGAAAGACGGAACCCGGUUGAUAAGCCACCAGGCAGAAACCGACCGCAGCGGAACAAGGGGGUGGAAAAGGAUCCGACCAAGAGGCUUCCCUCUAGACUAGACCCAAACCAAGCAGACAACAAACAGCCAGACAUGGACGGGUCUGUAGAUCAGGCCUUCAAAGAUCAGAGCACGGCUCAUUCUGUUGGAGAUUUCAGAAAAAAGGGGGAAUCUUCCAGAAAGGCCUUCGCUAUUCAAAAGGUUUCUGGAGAAAAGGACUUCAGAUCUAGACUCGUUCCGCCUCGUCCUGCCAAGGAGAUGAUCAUGGAUAACCGAGCAAUGGUUUCAGGUCUCUCAGCUUCUGGAAAACGGAAGUCUUCGUCAGACGAGACGAUAAACCUUGACGUCUCCUUGGCUCUGGAAAACGAAGCGUCUUCCUCUGAAACAAGCACUGAACCAAAGGGCGGGACUUCCCAGAGUCUAGAUGAAGACGUGACUGGUGAAGGUGGAGUCCCAGGUUUAGGUGAAGAAGGAGGCAGAUCUGAAGCAGCAGGAGAAAACAGACAAUCCAACCCUGAGUCGGUAGGUGUUGAAGAAGAGUCCGUCGUCAAGUCUGAAUCCAAAGCACCUGUGGAGUAUUCUCCUACCAGCCAGAGGACUGGAGAACCUCUCCACAGAGCUGCUGCGAUGCACAAAGCUUUCCCCCAAAGCCUAAAGAGAACAACUGCCUUUGUUCCAGAAGAAAUGUGGUCUAGUUUGGAGAUGGCGGUUCAAGAUUUGCUCCAAGGACUGGAGGACAAACCAGGGUUUGUGUUUGAGAUCUCAAGAAUCUUAUCAGAAAUUCUGAUUUGUCUCCACCAGUGGAUCUCAGACCUGGAAAACACUCUAAGGACGAGCUCAGGAGAGACGGCCGAUCGGACUGUUGCAGAUGGAGAUAAAUCUACGUGUCCAAAGAUGGACGCCGGACUCUCCGCCAAAUCAGGUCCUAAUCCAAGGAGCCCAGCCAAACACCCCCCAGUUGGUCCCGGAUGUGUGGAGAGACAUCAGGCUGGACCGGCGGCCGGUUCAGAGGACCAAUCUGCUUCCUCAGGUGGAGUUCCUUCACCUUGGAAGGAUGACAUCACCGCCGAUGAGGCAGCAGAGACCAGUUUCAGACAAACAAAGCUGCAGAUGAACGCUGAGUAUUGCUUCAAUCUGAGUGGUUCUCCUGUAAAAAACACCUCUGCAGACUUUGUCUUUGUAGACUCCUACUUUGCUGAGCCGCGCAAAAACUCAGCAGAGUCCGUGUCUGAUGUCAGUUUAGGACGGAGGUCCAACAGUCCGGCGCACGUCCAGCUUCCUACGGAGCUGAGAGGGAACCGUGCAGCCUGGGCUCAGCCUAACGCAGGUCAGAGUUCAUCAGUCAGGAGAUUCAUGGAGGUGACGGCGGAGGAAAUCCGAGCCUUGGCUGUUCCUGAACUCGCUCUGCUGGGUCUCCAAGAGGGAAGGCCACUGGAGCAGUCCGGCGCCGCUUCUGUAGAGGAGACGGCGGCUGCAGACAUGGACAGCUGUGAGGAGGCUGACGAGGAGGAAGAGGAGGUCCAACAGCCUCUGUCCCAGCAAAGGCCCAAGAUGGACGACCAAAGUGUUCCAGGUGGGGGCAGCGUGGAACCAGAGAGGGGUCAUGAUGGAGCCAGUUUGGACAGCAGGAGAAAUGAGAACUCAGACUGCAAGAUUUCAUGAGCUCAGAGGCGCCACCUGCUGCCGGUCCUCAGGAACUGUCCCUGUUCUGGACAGAAACGGCCCAGAAUGAGGAGCGGCGCUCCAUAGAAGACAUCUUAGAUGUGAAAUGAUUGAGAACGACUGAUCUGGAUGUUACUGAAUAUAUGAAAACAUGCAGAAAUAAAGCUUUAGCUGAAGCUCGGUGUUCUGGUGGUUCUGUUCUAACAACGUUUCAUCAGCAGAGGAUGUUCUGCACCUGAAGGGUAAGUAAACUGUUUCCACAUCCUUACAGCAUCAGACAUCUUGGACACAGUUUUCUGAUCCAGAGUUAACCCCAGAGAUACAGGAGUUCAUGGAGUUGAUUAAGAUAAUUACCGUGUCCACCAGGAGCUGAAGCUCCAGCUGAUCACAGGUCCUACCACAGAAUCCGCUUUAUUUCACCUGUCCUCUCGCCUCAGUGCACCAUCCGACCACAUCGUCCUGAUUGGUUCAGUUUCCAUCUAAGGAAAACCAGCUGAUUGCUGGAGUCCAGCAUGGAGCUCAGAAAUGGUGCAGAGCUUGAGGUCAUGAAGGAGCUGAACGGCAGUGGAUACGUUCAGGUUGAUGAGAAAAAUGUUUAGAGGAACCAUGAGAUGAUUGACCUUGAAGUCAGAAGAGUUUUAGCGUCUAGCUUGUCUCUACGGAGCCGUACGGUGACCGCACCACGCCGUGCGGCGCCGCAGAG